GGAGUGAAGAAGCGUGAUGUCUGGGAGAGGGAAAGGAGGCAAAGGCCUGGGAAAAGGCGGAGCGAAGAGGCACCGCAAAGUGCUCCGUGAUAACAUCCAGGGCAUCACGAAACCAGCCAUCCGGCGCCUGGCUCGCCGUGGCGGGGUUAAGCGCAUCUCGGGCUUGAUCUACGAGGAGACCCGCGGGGUGCUGAAGGUUUUCCUGGAGAAUGUGAUCAGGGAUGCGGUGACCUACACGGAGCACGCCAAGCGCAAGACAGUGACUGCCAUGGAUGUGGUGUACGCUCUGAAACGCCAGGGCCGCACUCUGUAUGGAUUCGGCGGCUGAGCAAAUCAACCCU